AUGUCUGCUGCCAAUCGCGGACGCCCAGCUGCCGGCGGUCGAAAGAGAGGACGAGACGCCGACGAAGACAUCUCCUCGUCUGGCGCUCCGCCGUCGAGCCCUCCGGCUUCCUCUCCACCAGUAUUUCCCGGAAACGACGACAUCGAAGAAGAUGACAACCUCGAUCCGGAAGAGGACCUCAUUCAAGACAUUGACGAUGUAGACGAGAUGGCCGAAGAUGAUGCAGGCAUUGAUCUGUUUGGAGACAACUUUGACCGAGAUUACGAUAGAGGAGACGAUGUUGGAUACCAAGGGGCCGAUAUCGAUGAUGAUGAAGACUACGACACCCUCGAUCCGGCCGCCAGGAGACAGCUUGAAGCACGCCUGAAUCGCCGAGACAGAGAGCUGGCACGAGAGCGCCAAGUGCCAAACGCCUUCCUACCAGACGAAGAUGAAGAUGUCAUGGAUCUUACGCGCCAGCCGCGCCGACGCAGGCAUAGAUUCGACGAAGAGCAGGACGACAUCGAUAUGCAUGAGGAUAUCCUGAAUGAGGAGCUUUCGCUGGAGGCAUUGGGUGAUAUCAAGGCCGCGAGCUUGACUGAUUGGGUCUCUCAACCAGCCGUUCACAAGACGAUUGCUCGCGAGUUCAAGGCCUUCUUGACUGAAUAUACCGACGCGACGGGUACUUCGGUCUACGGAGUCCGCAUUCGAACACUCGGUGAAGUCAAUGCAGAGUCUUUGGAAGUUGACUGGGAGCACCUCUCCGAGUCGAAGCCGCUUUUGGCAUACUUCUUGGUCAAUGUGCCUUCAGAAGUGCUGCCGAUCUUCGACGCGGUGGCUCUGGAAGUGGCAUUGUACCACUACCCGGACUACGAGCGAAUCCACUCCGAACUUCAUGUGCGCCUCACGAACCUGCCAGUGUCACUGACACUACGCCAGCUCCGCCAGAAUCAUCUGAACAGCUUGUUGAGAGUCAGUGGUGUCGUCACAAGACGAACAGGCGUCUUCCCGCAGCUGAAGUACGUCAAGUUCGACUGUACGAAGUGCGGCAUUACUCUUGGCCCGUUUCCACAGGACAGCAAUGCAGAGGUCAAGCUAUCUUUCUGCCAGAACUGCCAGUCUCGAGGGCCGUUCACGCUCAACAGCGAGAAGACUGUGUACCGAAACUACCAAAAGCUCACUCUCCAGGAAUCACCUGGCACAGUCCCCGCUGGCCGACUUCCUCGUCACAGAGAAGUCAUCUUGCUGUGGGAUCUGAUCGACUCGGCGAAGCCGGGAGAGGAAGUCGAAGUUACUGGCAUCUACCGAAACAACUACGAUGCCCAGCUCAACAACAAGAACGGCUUCCCAGUCUUUGCUACCAUUCUCGAAGCCAACAGCGUAGUAAAGUCGCAUGACCAGCUGGCUGGCUUCAGACUCACCGAGGAGGACGAGCGAGAGAUUCGUGCAAUGAGCAGAGAUCCGAAGAUCGUCGACAAGAUCAUCAGCUCUAUCGCUCCCUCGAUCUACGGCCAUGAGGACAUCAAGACUGCGGUCGCAUUGUCUCUUUUCGGCGGUGUUUCGAAGGAAGCUCAGGGAAAGCACUCGAUUCGUGGAGACAUCAACAUCCUUCUUCUUGGUGACCCAGGAACUGCAAAGUCGCAGGUUCUGAAGUACAUCGAGAAUACUGCCCACCGCGCAGUCUUCGCUACAGGUCAAGGUGCUUCGGCCGUCGGUCUUACUGCCAGUGUUCGGAGAGAUCCUCUGACUGCGGAAUGGACGCUCGAAGGUGGUGCUCUUGUGCUUGCAGAUAAGGGUACUUGCCUGAUCGACGAAUUCGACAAGAUGAACGACCAGGAUCGAACCAGUAUCCACGAAGCAAUGGAGCAGCAGACGAUUUCCAUCUCCAAGGCUGGCAUCGUCACAACACUGCAGGCCCGGUGCGCCGUCAUUGCCGCAGCCAACCCCAUCGGUGGCCGCUACAACGCCACAGUACCAUUCAGCCAGAAUGUCGAGCUCACCGAGCCCAUCUUAUCUCGUUUCGACAUCCUUUGUGUUGUGAGAGAUACUGUUGACCCAGAGGAGGACGAGCGUCUUGCCAACUUCGUGGUCAACAGCCAUGGACGGGCACACCCAGUGAUGAACUCUGCUGCGGGCGGAGAGUCCCAGACCACAGCUCCCAACGAAGAGAGCAUGGAUCUAGAUGGCGUAGAAAGCCAAGCAGGUCCCAAGACAAAGACGGACAUUCCUCAAGAAAUGUUGAGGAAGUAUAUCCUCUAUGCCCGCGAACAUUGCAGGCCCAAGCUGUACCAAAUCGAUCAAGACAAGAUUGCACGCUUGUUUGCAGACAUGAGACGAGAGUCUCUGGCAACUGGAGCUUAUCCUAUCACCGUCCGUCAUCUCGAAUCUAUUCUCCGUAUCAGCGAGUCCUUCGCCAAGAUGCGCCUCAGCGAGUACUGCAAUGCUGCUGACAUCGAUCGCGCUAUUGCUGUUGCUGUUGACAGCUUCGUUGGCAGUCAGAAGGUCAGCUGCAAGAAGGCUCUUGCACGCGCUUUCGCCAAGUACACUCUUGGCCGGCCAGGGGCUGUGAGAAACCGCGGUGGACGAGGUGGCAGGAGUCAGGAAGUUAGCGUUGGUGCGUAG